AUGAGUUUGAAGGAUAAGCUGUAUUUCAUGAUGGAAUUAGUGGCUCCGCAAAGUAUAGCAGAUGACCAAUUGCGUCUGGUUUCCAAUGAGCUCCUUCAAAUGUUACAAUCUCCAACACGAACUAUCGCUCAGUUAGAAUCCCUACUAUACAAAAUAAAAAGACUUAUACCUCUAAAUCCGCAAAGUGAAAGUUUAUGGGACAGAUUUGAAGAUACAAUAUUUCGUGCAGCGCAACUACGUGAUACAGAGGAAAUGGAUCGGUAUCUUUCGACAGCCUACGUUAAAUUGCAAGAACUCUUACAAUCCCCAAGGAACUUAUAUCAAAGACCCAACUCUUACUUUCUAAAUAAGGAUAAUUUAGAUUCCUAUAAUGACUUUAAUGUCCCUAUUGGAGUACCGAGCAUAUUUUCAGAUUCAUUCGAAACUAUGGACAGAUUAUCUGAUAGGAGAUCCAUGGUAUCUUCACACUACACAAAUCAUCGUGGAAACCACAUAAAUAAUAAUGGACAACCAUUGAGGAAUCUGGUAGUUCCUUUCUACAGAAAAAUGGUACCUGAGGAAGAAAUCUUGAGAAACAUCUCAUAUACACUUUUGGGUAUAGAAUCUGACAUGUUUCCUUUUGAAAAUGACUCUAUAAAGAUACCUUAUAACAUUCCGAAUGCUGAUAGUGGAAUUUUACAUUUGAUUUUCGAAGCUGGUCUAAUCUAUAAGUCAUUGAGCCAAGAUAUUGAAAAUUACAGGAAAGAUAUUGAUCAAAUAUCACCAAUGAAAAAAGCUUUGCUCAUGGAAGUAGAAAAAAAUUUGAAUAAUUAUACUGGAUUCAUUAAUACAUUAUUUAACUCAGGGAAAGCCACAACAUUGAAAGCGUUAUAUUUAGAGCUGUCUGAAUCCAUCAAUACACUCAGAUUAUAUUAUAGAACCCUCAACCAAUUUGAAAACAUAACAGGUGACAAGUAUUUGUCAAACUUCUAUUCAAACAAGUCACAUGGAGAUCCCUCCAUAAGAGCUGUCUCUAAAAAUCUGUACGAAUCUCUUUUGUCAUUGUAUUUUGAGUAUUUGACUAGUUGGUUGCUUUUGGGUAAAUUAGAGACAACAACUUUCAAUGAAUUUUUUAUUGAAAAAGUGACAGAGGAAGAAAAUUCCACCAACACUUACAUUCCAUACAAACUUGUUGAAAGUAAAAACUUAUCGUUCUUUCCUAUUGAAAUGACCAGAAAAGUUUACAUGAUAGGUAAAACAUACAUCUUUAUCACAAAAUACUGUAAUGAAUUACAAUGGUCUAAUGAUUUCACGAAAAGAUACAGUUUAAAAUACCAAAACUUAUCAUCACCUGACUUCAUCCCAGAAUUCUAUACCAUAAUUAGGGAACAAUAUACCGAAGUCGUCAGGUUUACAAAUGAAAUCCUUCGAAAGAAAUUUUAUUUCACAGAAACGAUUCACAUGCUGAAAAAUAUUCUUUUAAUGGGUAAGAAUGAUCUUAUUGAUAUGAUUAUAUUGAAAGGAAAAGAUAUAUUAAAUGAGCCCUCUUCUGCUUUAACUAGCUACACUUCAUCUAGAAUUCUACAAGAUGCUGUACAACAAUCAUCAUUCAGAAAUUGGAUAAAUCGCUCCGAUAAUAACUCCUUAAUAAACAGACUGGAUGCAAGAGUCUUAAAUUUAACACAUGGAUCUUUGGGAUGGGAUGUUUUCACACUAGAAUACAUUGUACACGAACCUUUAUCUGUGGUGCUGAACGUUAACCGUGACACUGGGAGGAAAGAGUAUCUGAGAAUAUUCAAUUUUUUGUGGAAAUUUAAAAGAAAUGAUUUCUUUUACAACAACGAAAUGUUAAGGUCAAAAGAACUGAUAAGAUCCUUUAAAAAGUUUUCUCUACAUAGUCCCCUUGCGAGAGAUUUGCUUCUUAAGUUAUCGAAAUUCUCCAUAUUAAGAUCACAAUUACAACAAUUCAAUUAUAAGAUAGAAUCGUAUUAUCUUCUCUUUAUUAUAGAAAAAGCCUUUGAUGACUUGGAUGAAAAACUUAAACUAAGUGAGAAAUAUAAAGGUAAGGCUUCUAUGGAGACUACAAAGACAUCUACUGGGUUGGUUGUACUGAAGUACAUGCUAAGGCCCAAUAAAAACGUCAUAUCCAAUACUUUUAGCAAUGAUUCUUCAAUUACAAGGAAGUACACAAGUUUAGAUGAGGAGGAAUAUCUCAAUAUCGAUCAAAUAGAAGAAACGCAUAAUACUUUUUUGAACAACAUAUUAUCACAUAGAUUACUCUCAUCAGAUACUCGUGGUUUCAAGACAGGGCAGUCAUAUGCCAAAACAGUCCUCAUUAUUUUGCAUGAAAUUUCAAACUUUAUUCUUUCUUACUCCAACCUUAAUAGCAUUGCACAUUCUAUAUUAUUACAGCUGAAUUUACAAAAUAAUGAGGAGUUAAAUGAUUUAAUCGCCCAAUUCAACUCUAUCUCAACCGAAUUGAUCAAUUGUCAUAAAAACUUUGAGCAUUUUGCCUAUUAUUUCAUAUAUGAUUUGAAAAAUGAUAAUGAUGAGAGUUUAAAUAGAUUCGCAAGAAUGCUGCGCUAG